CAUUUCACACACUGACGCUGGUGGGAGGAUUCAACAAAAACUGGGGACUCAACGCGACUCUACAAGCGCACUUUACACCGCACAAAGCCGGGACACUGUUGUGUUGUCUUUACGAUGAUUUUAGUUAAAUUCGUGUGCGCGAUCAUAACCAGGUCCUUAUUCAUUCUGGUCUCUCUCAUCGGCGUCUGGAGAGUGAAAACGGUGAAAAAUGACAACAUGUACUGGUUACUGACUGUACUUUACCUUCCUCUGGUCGUGGAGAUGUUCGUCACUUUAAAACGAAGGAAAGGGAAAGACUACAAAUGGUUUUCUCCAGCCAUUCUAUUGUUCCUCAUCAGCAUUAUUCCAUCCAUAUGGAUUCUAGAGUUACAUCAUCAGGAAAACAAAGCCAGUGACCCUCAGUGUAGGAAACUGGACUCUUGGGAGAAUGUCAAGAGCAUAUUGCCUUCAAAUGGCACUAAGGUUAACGAAACACUAAAGCACCUGGAGCGCAUGCUCACAUCUGUCUGUCCGAAUGACUGGAUUCUUGGUCUUCAUCAAGUUCUGCUUAUUCUUCUCAUCCUUGGAAAGUGGCUCCUCCCACUAGGGGGCGGAGUAACGCGUGACGAGCUGUCUCAGCUUUUGCUCAUCUUCGUUGGCACGGCGGCAGACAUUCUGGAAUUCACUAGUGAAACACUCUCUGAUGUCAAGGAGAACAACCAUCAGCUGGUGUAUAUAAUCUUGGCAGUGUGGACGUGGAGUAUGUUGCAGUUUCCUUUGCACCUGGCAGUUGUGACAUCUCGGCCGCAGAACCCAGAUGAGCCCACGGGUGGAGAAGGCUGUUGCAACUUGCUCUUGUCAAGACACAGUACAGAUAUUUGGAACAUCGUUGAGAGUUUGUUUAUCCAGGACGGGCCCUUUCUCGUGGUUCGUCUUAUUGUGAUGAUACACUUUGAUGUGUUCCACCAGAUGUUGGUCUUCUUUGCUAUCAAGAACUUCCUAGUGGUCGUACUCAACCUCUACAGGCUCAUUGUCAUCUGUCAGGACUAUAAACCAACACCAUCAUCAUCAUCUUCCUCUCCCACAGUCUGAAAGAAAAAAAAAGAAAAGAAGUUAAAAUGAACAACAUUUAACUUCUUUAAUAUUACCAAUGCAUUCUAUUAACUGUGCCUGAUGGUUUGCUUAUACCAGGUGUUUUUGAACUAGGGUCCCAGGAGGCCACAAUCCAUUGCUUGGCAAUGUUAUUUUAGAGUCAUUGAUAAUUUGAUUGUAUAAUUUAUUUUGUUUAACUAAUAGCUGUUAUUUCAUACUUCAUAAGAUUCUAAAGCAAUAUAAGUUAGCCGUACAAACAUUUGAUUCAUAAAACAUAAAAAUAAUUUACUUCAAAAAAUUGUUUUAGUCAAUGA